CACGCAGUGCCUGCCUGAGUCUGUUCUGCCCCCUCCCCAACCGGUUCACCACCACCAUGACUCCAGGCAUCCAGACCCCCUUCUUCCUUGUGCUGCUGCUAUUCACACUGCUUAAAGUCCAUGGUUCCAGUUCCAACACUUCCCAGUUGACCAGCCCUGCCUCAAGCCCGGCCGCCACUCCAGGCCACGGUGCCACCUCGUCCCCAGCCACCAGCCCUGCCUCAAGCCCGGCCGCCACUCCAGGCCACGGUGCCACCUCGUCCCCGGCCACCAGCCCUGCCUCAAGCCCGGCCGCCACUCCAGGCCACGGUGCCACCUCGUCCCCGGCCACCAGCCCUGCCUCAAGCCCGGCCGCCACUCCAGGCCACGGUGCCACCUCGUCCCCGGCCACCAGCCCUGCCUCAAGCCCGGCCGCCACUCCAGGCCACGGUGCCACCUCGUCCCCGGCCACCAGCCCUGCCUCAAGCCCGGCCGCCACUCCAGGCCACGGUGCCACCUCGUCCCCGGCCACCAGCCCUGCCUCAAGCCUGGCCGCCACUCCAGGCCACGGUGCCACCUCGUCCCCGGCCACCAGCCCUGCCUCAAGCCCGGCCGCCACUCCAGGACACGGUACCAGCUCUUCUCUAGUCACAAGCCCUGCCUCAAGCCCGGCUGCCACUCCAGGCCACGGUGCCACCUCGUCCCCGGCCACCAGCCCUGCCUCAAGCCCGGCCGCCACUCCAGGACACGGUACCAGCUCUUCUCUAGUCACAAGCCCUGCCUCAAGCCUGGCCGCCACUUCAGGCCAUGAUGCCACCGUGUCCGCAGCCACCAGCCCUGCCUCAAGCCCGACCACCACUCCAGGCCACAAUGCCACUGUGUCCCCAGCCACCAGACCUGACUCAAGCCUGGCCACCAUUCCAGUUCACGGUGCCACCUCUUCCCUAGUCACAAGCCCUGCCUCAAGCCCGGCCACCACUCAAGUCCACGGUGCCACCUCUUCCCUAGUCAUGAGCCCUGCCUCAAGCCCAGCCACCACUACAGGCCACAAUGCCACUGUGUCCCCAGCCACCAGACCUGACUCAAGCCCGGCCACCAUUCCAGUCCACGGGGCCACCUCUUCCCUAGUCACGAGCCCUGCCUCAAGCCCGGCCACCCCUCCAGGCCAUGGUGCCACCUCUUCUCCAGUCAGAAGCCCUGCCUCAAGCUUGGCCACCACUCCAGGCCACAAUGCCACGGUGUCCCCGGCCACCAGACCUGACUCAAGCCCGGCCACCACUCCAGUCCACAGGGCCACCUCUUCCCUAGUCACAAGCCCUGCCUCAAGCCCAGCCGCCACUCCAGUCCGCAGUGUCACCUCUUCUCCAUCCUCAGUUCCCAGCCACCACUCUGAUACCCGUACUACCCCUGCCAGCCACAGAACCAGGACUACUGCAGGCAGCACUAAUGGUAGCAUAGUACCCCUCACCUCCCCCAGUCAAAAGGUUUCCUUCUUCCUCCUGUCCUUUCAUAUUUUGAACCUCCCAUUUAACUCUUCCCUGGAAGACCCCAGCACUAACUACUACCAGGAGCUGCAGAGGAACAUUACUGAAUUGUUUUUGCAGAUUUAUAAACGUGAGAAUUUUCUGGGCUCCUCUAAUGUAAAGUUCAGGCCAGGAUCUGUGGUGGCGGAAUCCAUUCUGGCCUUCCGAGAGGGCACUACCAGUGACGACGUAAAGGAACAGUUUGCUCGUCAUGCAGCAGAAGCAGCCAGAUACAACCUGAACAUCUCCAGAAUUACUGUGGACGUUGUGUUAUUUCCUCCCUCUGCCCAGUUGGGGUCUGGGGUGCCAGGCUGGGGCAUAGCCCUGCUCGUGCUUGUCUGUGUACUGGUUGCGCUGGCCAUCAUCUAUCUCAUUGCCCUGGCUGUGUGUCAGUGCCGCCGAAAGAACUGCGGGCAGCUGGACAUCUUUCCAACCCGAGAUGCCUACCAUCCUAUGAGCGAGUACCCUACCUACCACACUCACGGGCGCUAUGUGCCCCCUGGCAGUACCAAGAGGAGUCCCUAUGAAGAGGUUUCUGCAGGCAACGGCGGCGGCAGCCUCUCUUACGUGAACACAGCAGCCACUUCUGCCAACUUGUAGGGGCACGCUGCCUGCUGAGGGUCCAGCCAGCGCCCGCCAGUUGCCUCCCUCAUGGUCUUCACUGCCAGUGUCCUCCCUCCCCGCUUCUCAACUGGUGAGCAGCGAGUUCAAGUGGGCUACUCACAGCCUCCCUCGCAGGCCCCACCAAGUCCCCCAACCCAUCUUAGCCCUGGUGAAGCCCGUUAGUACUCCUGAGGACCGGCCUGGGGCAGUGGCUUCCAGCACUGACCUAGAAAGCCCCCAGAUGGGACUGGGAACCUUAUACGGCU